CAAUCCUCCUCCGUACGUCACUUGCAGAGAGGAGGGCUGGAGAGGUCAGGAGCUGCAGGAGGCUGACCUCUUCUACAGGUCUGUCUAAGCUGAAAAUGAGUGCAGUAGGGGAAGGCCCCCUGGACCCUGCCACGCUGGAGUCACACAAGAGGAAGGGCUCACCAUGCGAUACAUCGGGGCAAAGUGGGGAGAAGCGAAGGAGGGAGCUGGAGUGUCGCUACAUCGAGGAGCUAGCUGAGCUGGUGUCGUCCAACAUGGGCGACAUCGCCAGUGUGAGCGCUAAGCCAGACAAGUGCCACAUCCUCAAGAGCACCGUGGACCAAAUCCAGCAGAUCAAGCGGCGUGAGCAGGAGAAAGCAGCUCUUUUGUCUCCAGAUGACGACGUGCAGAAAAGCGACGUGUCCUCCAGUAGUCAGGGGCUGGUAGAGAAAGAGGCGCUUGGUCCCAUGCUGCUAGAGGCGCUCGAUGGAUUCUUCUUUGUGGUCAACCACGAGGGCCGCAUUGUCUUCGUUUCUGAGAAUGUGAUGGGUUACCUUGGAUACACCCAGGAAGAGCUGAUGAACUCUAGCGUCUACACCAUCCUCCACGUGGGAGACCACAAUGAUUUUGUCCGUAAUCUGCUCCCUAAAAGCCUAGUUAACGGCGCCCCGUGGCCGCAGGAACCUGGCCGCAGGAACAGCCACACCUUUAACUGUCGCAUGCUGAAGAGACCGCCGGACGAGGCGGACUCUGAGAACCAGGAGGCCCGGCAGCAGUACGAGAUCAUGCAGUGUUUUACCAUCUCACAGCCACGGCCCGUUCACGAGGAGGAAGAAGACCUGCAGAGCUGCCUGAUCUGCAUCGCCUGUCGGAUACCACGCACGGAGUCUUUUAUCACGAAGCAGGACCCGACAGGGAAGAUCAUCUCCAUAGAAACGAGCGCUUUGCGAGCGACAGGCCGGCCUGGCUGGGAGGACCUGGUCAGGAAGUGCAUUUAUGCGUUUUUUCAGCCGCAGGGCAAAGAGCCCUCCCAUGCCAAGAAGCUGCUGCAUGAAGUGAUGGCACGCGGCACUGCUGUCAGCCCCCUGUACCAUUUCACAUUAAGCGACGGCACGCCGCUCAGCGCACAGACACGCUGCAAGUUCUGCUGCCCACCAAAACCAGACGUACAGCCCUUCAUCAUGGGCAUUCACACUAUUGACAGGGAACACAUCACUGCUAGCUCUCAGGAAAACACUAACCCCAGCCUUCCACUGACCCCCAGCAGUAUUGCUCACACCCCCACCCGGCCCCCCUCGCUUCCCCCUGGCAGUAACUCAAGCCAAGGCUCUGUCCUUCAUACCAACAACAACAACGCCUCCUCCCUCGGACACAACCCCUCCACACCAACAGGCUACCUGACGCCCAAUCGGACGAACUGCCCCCCAGAGGUCAACAGUCCCUCUGCUCUCAGCAGUCCACACACAGCCUCCUCUACCUCUUUUAUGUCACCCAGGAUGCCACAUGCCAGUCCUGGGUUAGGGGGAAGCCCUCGAGUACCGGGGAACCCCUUCUCGCCCUCCACGCCGGGCCUCCAGUCGCCUUCGGGGGCAGCCAGUAGCGGCGGCAGCCUCAACAGGCAGCAUUCUGCCGGCGAUAGUAAUAGUGGGGUAAACGGUGGGUCAGCAGGGUCUUUCCCCCUGUCCUCGCCUGGACUUCAGAGACAAGCCAGUUUGCCCACUGGCUCCUCCACUCGACCACAGUCGGCAAAGCCCCAAACUGGAGCGGGGGAUGGGGGAGAGGACUCUGCUAAAGCCCCCCUACCUCCUGCCUCACAGCUGGGGAACUCCAGACUCAACCAGCUCCUGGACAGCAGUGUUUCAGGAGUGGAAUCCAACAACAACUCAUCACCUCAUCCUCCUCACCCCUCCCUGGGUCUUCAUUGUCCCGCUUCCCACAGCAGUCUCACGGAGCGCCACAAGAUUCUGCACAGGCUGCUCCAGGACAGCAGUCCAAACGACACCGCCGCCGCCGCGUCCGAGGUCGGAGGAAAUAAAAAUGAAGUAGAGAUCAAGAAGGAGCCGCCUGCCAGUCCGGCUCCAGGCACAGCGCCCCACAAGCCCAAUCCCAGAGAGCCGCGGGACCACCAGUUACUGCGAUUUCUUCUGGAUACUGACGAAAAGGACUUGGGAGACCUUCCACCUCCGUCGGCCUUGAGCCUUCAGACGGUUCGAGUGAAGGUGGAGAAGAGAGCCAGCAGCGAGGGCCUGACUUGUUCCGGUUCGUCCGUCCCAGCCGGAGGGACGUCCAAACUAACGAGCGGCUCGGCUUGCAUCAGCCCUAAAUCAAGUCCUCUGGGGGAGAACCGCAGAGACAGCAGAGACUCCACGAUAUCUGUUGGAGCUGCUGAUAAGGACCCUCCUAACCAGCUUCUGCCUGGCCUCAGAGGUCCACUCACGGCCAAACAAGGCAGUGAAGACUCAGUAAAUGGUGGAGGAGGCCCUCUACAUUCUCCAUCCACACAACUCCCAGCUCCGCUCCAGUCCCCAGUACCUCAUCUCCAGUCCCCCUUGUCCCAGCCUCAGUCGGUUCCCCAGCUGCAUUCCCCGUCCCCUCAGCUCCACUCCCCUUCCCUCCAGCUCAGACUUCAGUCACCUACUCAUCUCCAGCCUGGUGAGGCCUGCACUCCCCGCAACGUUAAUGUGAAGAGAGAGCCUCCAGGAACACCAAACAGAGAGUUAUUCCACCUGUCAGAGCAGCGGCCGUCCCAGAGGAAAUCUCCUCCUAACGGGAGGGAUCAGGUUCCUAGAGGUCAGAGCUCUGGCGGCUGCUUUGACCCGUUUCCUCAAAACUUCCCACCCCAGCAACCCACUGCCACGCCGGUUUCCAUGGACCCUAAACCCCCCACCUAUACUUUCCAGUUCCCACCAACUUCACAAGCUCCGUUUCCUCCAGAGCUGGCCGCGGUGGGGCAGCAGGGGGUGACAUUCGGAGCUCCCCGCGGGGCUUUCCCUGGCGGCUCAGCGAGCGUGGGGCUGAGGCCAGGCAUGACCAGACCCCAGGGGAUGGGCCCCCAGCUCAGGCUGCCACCCAACCACCUGCGGCUGCAGCUGCAGCAGAGACUGCAGGGCCAGCAGCAGAAUCGACUGGCAGCCUUGAAUUCAUUCCCAGGAGGCCCCCAGCAGGUUAACAUGGGGGUCCGACAGGGGCUCCAACAACCCCAGAUACCCUCACAGCCUCCGCUGAACGCUCAGAUGCUGGCGCAGCGUCAGAGGGAACUCUACAGCAUCCACCAUCGUCAGCAGCAGCAGCUCCUCCAGCACAAGGUCAGGCUCAUGAGACAGAACGUGGCGGGAGUGCCCACCGUCGGCGUUGGCACCCCUAGGGCACCCAAAGUCCCUCCCACGACGUCUCAGCAGCAGUUCAGCUUUCCGCCGGGGUACAACCCGAUGGCGGGGAACACCCCUACCUCACCGAGUCACUUCAGCAACGUGCCAGGGACGCCUUUGGACUCCAAGCUGUCUGUCAGAGUGCCCCUGGGCAACCAGACGCUGAUGGGUGGCUUACCGGGCCAGUUUGACAGCACCGUGAACACCUCCGUGCAGCAGGGACUCUUUCAGCAGUUUGGAGGGUCUGCUGUGGUCCAACAGGAUCCACCCUUUCCUCCUGAGAUGAGCCCUACAAGCCCAUUAUUAUCACCUCAGAACUCCACUUCCCAGAGUCCUCUGCUUCAGCAGGCACCGCCUUCUGGCUAUCAGUCUCCAGACAUGAAGAGCUGGCAGCAGACAGGCCUGGGCAGCCUGUUCAGCCAGUCAGGACAGGGAGCAGCGCAGGCGUUCGGCCAGCAGGGGGUGUAUAACAACAUGAGCAUCACCGUCUCUAUGGCUGGAGGCACGAGCAGCGUCAGCUCUUUACCUCCCAUGGGUCAGGCGGUUGGAAUGAGCAACAGUAACCUCAGCAACGUCAGUUCAGUGUGCAGUGACCAGCAGGUGCAGCAGGUUCAGGUGUUCGCGGACGUCCAGUGCACUGUGAACCUUGUCGGCAGCGACUCCUACCUGAACCAGGGCUCCAUCGGGGCUGCGGGCCCCCAGAAGGGCCCCGGGCCGCAGGGCUCGCAGAGCAGCCAGGCCCAGCAGAAGAGCCUCCUCCAGCAGCUCCUCACUGAGUGACACCCUCCCCCUCCCAUCCCGUCAGCUCCUUUGCUCCCUCUCACGUCUUCAUCGCCUCCUCCUCUUCCUCGGAGGG